UAUGUCGUCGUCAGUAUUCUCUCUUGCAUAGCGUUCGGCUUGUUUAACAACUCGAAUUUCCGUGGUUCCUAGACUGGCCGGUGAAAUCGUAACACGUUGAGCUUGAUGACGUUGGGAUCGGAAAAAAAAGAUGGAUUUAUUCAAUCUGUGUUGAUGAGCGUGGUGCCAAUUAAUAUAAAUUGUAUUCUGCAUUGUUAUUUUUUUUAGUUUUUUUUUACCGUAGAUACAUCAAAUUAAUUAAGUGGGUCGUAAACGAAAUAAUAAAUAACAGCAAGAUGCAUACUAUUUUGACGAGGGGAAACGCUAUAUUGGCGUACACACUCAGUGUCUCGGCUUGUUUGACUUUUUGCUGCUUUUUAUCAACGGUGUUUAUUGACUACAGAGCAAAUGCAUCGUUGAAUACUGUUAAAGUCGUAGUGAAAAAUGUACCCGACUACAGCGCUUCGAGAGAAAAGAAUGAUUUGGGAUUUCUUACUUUUGAUCUACAAACUGAUCUCACUCCGUUGUUCAACUGGAAUGUCAAGCAGCUAUUUUUGUAUCUUACAGCUGAAUAUCAAACUGAGGCUAAUCAGCUGAAUCAGAUUGUGCUGUGGGACAAAAUUGUUCUGCGCGGCGACAAUGCUGUUCUUGAUUUCAAAAACAUGAACACAAAAUAUUAUUUUUGGGAUGACGGCAACGGCCUUAGGGGCAAUAAAAACGUAACAUUAACUUUGUCGUGGAACAUCAUUCCGAAUGCUGGAUUACUACCGAGUGUUAGUGCAUUUGGAUCUCAUACUUUUGCAUUCCCAUCAGAAUACACAACGUCGCGAGUAUAAAAACCAAAUCAUCUCGUUGCUGGCUCUUAACGAGCCUAUUUAAAUGCAUUUUCGAAAUGAAACAAUUAACGAGACAUCAGAAAUCUUGUACAAUAUAAGGAAUCUAUUAUAAAAAUUGAACAGA